CUGCUGCUUCUGACAUUGAGUUCAAUGGGUUUAACAAAUGCAGAAAGCGCAUCGACAAAGGAACCUUUCACUUUACCUUCCAAUUGCACAAAAAGAUGCGGUAAUAUCAGCAUCGAGUACCCUUUCGGGAUAGGCAAUGGUUGUUAUCGUCCUGGCUUUAAUCUUACUUGCACGAACUAUACCAACCAACCUCCAAGGCUCUUCUUGGGUGAUGGAAAAUUCGAGAUCACUAGAAUCGAUUUGGAUAAUGGGACCGUGAGCGUCAUGACACCCAUUAUCACCAUGGGUGUAGAUGAGGAGUUCAUUAAUGUUACUUUAAUUGAUCUUCAGAAUUUGCCUUGCUCUUUAAAAUCAUUGGAUCUGCGGAAUUAUUACCCAAGAUAUACAUAUAAUCGUUUGUAUGUGUCUGGUUGCAGCGUGGUUGCCGACCUAGUGGAUCCCACCACCAAUAGGACUAUCGAUACAUCUUUUAUUCUACAGCCGGUGAAUGGCUGUCCAACCAAAUGUGGGAGUGUUGACAUCCCUUUUCCAUUCGGGCUAAACGAAGGGUGUUAUAGAGACCAAUCAUUUGCUCUAACGUGCAACCACACGUCAAAUCCUUCCACUCUUCUCUUCCAAGAGGAUUACAUAGUGCACAGUAUAUUAUUGAAGAAAGGGCAAUUAGAAGUUGAGUAUAAAUACAAUGAAGCCGACGGCUAUACCUAUACAACUACACCUUUCACUUUCGUUGACGAGCAGCCCAUUGUUAGUUGGGUCAUUGAGAAUCAACAUUGCAAGGAUGCUCAAAGCAAUAGGACCACGUUUGCUUGUGUCGAUGAACACAGCUUAUGUCUGGACAUUAACACCACAACAAGCGAUGGUCAAAAUAUCUUGGGGUACCGUUGCAAUUGCUCCACAGGUUACGAAGGAAAUCCAUACCUUAGUAAUGGAUGUACAGAUAUCGAUGAGUGUAAAUUCCCCGACAGAUACAUCUGCAAUGGGGUUUGUAAUAACACGAUGGGCAGUUAUAGCUGCACAUGUCCACGAGGGACAACUGGUGAUCCUAAACGAGCAUGCAUCCCCGACAAAAAGCAGACUGUUCUAUUGGGUGUCAUCAUCGGCGUAAGCAAUGGCGUGGGCCUAUUUCUGUUGAGUACUAGUUUGAUCAUCCUUAGGAGGAAAUGGAAGAAAAGAAAACAAAAGAGAAUAAGAGAAAAACACUUCCGUCAGAAUCAUGGUUUACUGCUACAACAACUAAUUUCUUCCCGUGAAGAUGUUGCUGAGAGAACAAAGAUAUUUCCUCUGGAAGAGGUCGAAAAGGCAACCAAUAAUUUUGAUGAAACUCGAGUGAUCGGUCGUGGAGGACACGGAACAGUUUACAAAGGGAUUCUGUCGGAUCAACGCGUAGUCGCCAUAAAGAAGUCAAAGAUUGUGAAGAAGAGCGAGAUAGAUCAAUUCGUCAAUGAGGUUGCAAUUCUUUCUCAAAUUAAUCACAGAAACGUGGUAAAGCUUUUUGGAUGCUGCUUGGAGACCGAAGUGCCCUUAUUGAUCUAUGAAUUUAUCUCAAACGGAGCUCUUUCGGACCAUCUCCAUACUUCAGAUGGUAGUUCUGCAUUGUCAUGGGAAGCUCGUCUGAGGAUCGCUGCAGAAACCGCAGGAGCACUUGCUUAUUUGCACUCGGCUGCUUCAAUAUCUAUUUUACACAGGGAUGUAAAGUCAUCGAAUAUUCUCUUGGAUGAUCACUUCACAGCAAAAGUAUCAGAUUUUGGAGCUUCAAGAUUUAUUCCACUUGAUCAAACUCAUAUAGUCACCGGUAUUCAAGGGACCUUUGGAUACUUGGAUCCAGAGUAUUAUCAAACAAGUCAAUUGACAGAAAAGAGCGAUGUUUAUAGCUUUGGGGUCAUUCUUCUGGAGCUUUUAACGGGAAAGAAACCUAUUUUCUCCAUCGAACAUGAGAAUAAACAGAACCUGUCAAUGUAUUUUCUCCAAGAACUGAAAGAGAAGCGCUAUUUUGAUCUCGUGGAGGAUCGUGUUAUGAAAGAAGGGACUAAACAAGAGCUUAUAGAAGUUAUUCAACUAGUAGCAACGUGCUUGAAAUUUAAAGGAAGUGAAAGGCCUACAAUGAAGGAAGUGGAGUAUAAACUACAAAGCCUAAGAAGGAUUCGAAAGAAUGGGGUACGUCAUAUUGCAGAAGGUAAUGAAGAAACUGAGUGUCUACUGAGCGAUCCAUCUUAUACUUUGUCUGAUUCAGUUGACCAAGCAACCGAAGGGACAUCCAGGAAUUAUAGCUUAGAAAAUGAAUUCAUGUGGUCACAUUAUAACCCACGGUGAGUAUGCGUUAUACUAGUAUUUACAUUUGUAUGUAUUGACAACAUAACCUAGGUCA